ACAUUUCCCUUUUACCCAGUCCAGCUGGUCUCCUCAAACUCCAGACACUUAAUUAGCAGCUAAUAACCCUGAUCAGUGUAAUAAAUAUUAAAAUGUCUGAAGGAGAGAGGUUUAGGGCAAGGAGCAAUGGAAAAUGUUGAGAAAUGAUGUCAGAGGAACCGGGACCAGGGAUUGGAGUGGAGAUACCCGAGGAGAGACUAUAAAAACCUCAUAGUCAACACCAGGAACAAGCAAAGAGAGGGAAAACUUGAACUUGCAAAAUUCCAGGAACUUUUGUGUGGUUCGUUUCAGGCUUCUGAAGAAAGAUGCUGGGCUGCAGGUGCAUUUUAUUACCCUGCCUCUUCGCAGUGACUCUUCUCCAUUGGAGCAAAGGGAUUUUACAGCUAGCAGAGGGGGCACCAGAGUUUCUGGACUCUUCUUUGGUUGAAGCGGCAGACUCAAGGUCUCUCUCCAGUGAUGAGAAGUCUUCCAAUGACCUAGCAGCCAAACUCCUGCUUCUGGAUGAGCUGGUCAACCUAGAGAACGAUGUCAUCGAAACCAAGAAGAAGAGGAGCUUCCCCGGGUUUGGAUCUCCUCUCGACAGACUGUCUGUGAACAACAUGGAACUGAAAGGCAAGCAAAGGAAAGUGGUUGACCUUCCCAGGAGAAGACUUAAUGUGCCAAUAGACCGGAUUGCGAUGAAUCGCAUUCCCAACAGCAGGGGCUAACCUGGAUGAUAAUACUCAAACAUGGUUUGAAGAUGCAUGGACAACGUUUUUCACCCUGAAUCCACUGUAGUUUUCAAUGUGACAUAGCAUUUGCCACUGUCUUAUAUUAUAGUUUACCAGGUGGAGUCUGGACCCGCAGUAUAUGGUGUAUAGACAGCAAAGAAUUUAGUAAAAGUAGGGAAACUAUUGAGCUAGGUCUGCACAUAUGUACAUAUCAUUAUCACACUGUAUUAUGUAUUUAAGCUAACACUAUUUGCAUGUACUUGUACGAAAUCCCCCUUUUAAAGUAUAAUAUCUGGUUCUGACAAAAUUUAAAGACUAGAGGGAGAUUCAUGUAUUUUAUUCUAAAAUAUUAUAUUUUCAACCCAUUUAAGUGAUACAGUUGCUGGUAAUGACUGGCAAAAGAAUCGACCAUUUUAUUAUUGGCUCUGUAACUUAAUGUUGCACCAAGCCACUAGAAAUGCAUCGUGAAACUGGGCAAGGCACAAGUCCACAGAUGUAAGCUAGAAAACACAAAAAAUUUCUUGAUUUCAUUUAGUUUUUCUAAGAAGAAAACUAUCUGGGUGUUUAAUAUUAACUGAUAAGCCUUCCUCAAUUGUAUCAACAGUUGCUAUAAUGGGGACGGCAUGCUUCAUUUUAAACAUUUAAAUCUAACAAGGUGAAAAGAAUGUUAAAUAUACAAGUACACUUUCUUCUAAAUUAAAAAAACUUUUAAGAUUCUAAAAUUUAUAUUUGGAGCCCCAGAUUCAAGGGUUUCAAUAAGACAUUCUGUAAUGUAUACAUUGACGUUGUACUUCAUUUCAAAGCACAUAUUCUACAGAUCACUGUGGCCUGGUGUAUUUUAAAAUAUGUCCUGUAUAUUAAUCAUUUGUAAAUGGGGAAAAAAAAAACAUGGAAAGCAAGCUCUCUAUGAACAAAAAGCUGUGCUCAAAAAGUCCAAAAGACAUACCCUAACAGUAGAAAAAGUAAACACUUUUUUCUAAAUAAGUAACUUAAAAAAAACGAAUUCUCCAUAAAUAGACAGUAUUCUUUUAAACAGAAAUAAAAGGCUGAAUGAAUGGUAGCAGUAGUCCAUACUCAAACCUAGAGGUUGGAUGGGAAUGAGACAGUGAGCCUUCCCCAGACUCAAGCGAUCAGGCUGAAGUUCCUUGCUCAAACAGGAGAAUGGUAGAGUUCUUGUAAAUCACUGCUGCCCUUGCUCUCAAAAACCCUAUACUGAACUCCUACAAUGCUACUGUAUGUAUGAUCCUUAAAUGGCUCAUUUUAUUGUUACUGGCCACCCAGUUUGUACUGAGAACUGAAAUGCUGUUUAUAUAAAGGGUUAUUUUGCAGUAAGUUUAUAACACCGAGCAGCAUUAGUUUUAAUUUCUUUUUGUAGUACACUGUUGCAGGUGAUCUGUAGUUGUUAAAUGUUUUCCCAUUGCCUUUUUAAAGAUGAACUGUAAAACAAAGUCUUUCAACUCGUACCACAUUGACCAUGGCUUUUCUGCAAAGUGAAGGCAUUUGUUUUUCUUUGCUAACUGUAUUAGAUGUACAGAGGGUGAUUUAAUUUGGGGGAUGGAAUGAGCAGUGAAAUUAUCCAUUAAUAUAAAUAAAGUGUGUAACUGUUGGCAA